UAUGCCACACUAUUACAUGUUUCAUUGCAGCCGACAGAUCUUCUGAAGACAGACAACUGUUUUCAGCCUCAUAAGUUUAUACCCGUAAAAUUUAUUUAGUUCAAAUGGUGGAGAGAUUAUUAAACUUUUUUUAAGUGCAAUACAAGAAAAUAAAAAGAUCACAAUGAAAUUCAAAAAUAUUUCACUUAUUGCUUUGUCGUUAUUCACAAUUUGCUUGUUAUUCGACAAAAGCAAUGGACUGGCUGUUAUGAGUGUUGAUAUUGGCAGUGAAUGGUUUAAAGUUGCUAUUGUCUCGCCUGGAGUGCCGAUGGAAAUUGCAUUGAACAAGGAAUCAAAAAGAAAAACCCCAGUUGCAAUUGCAUUUCGAAAUGACGAGCGAACAUUCGGCGAGGACGCUCAAGUGGUUGGCGUACGAUUUCCCCAAAAUUGUUUCUCCUACAUUCUCGAUUUACUGGGAAAAUCAAUCGACAAUCCAAUGGUGCAAUUGUACAAGAAACGUUUUCCCUAUCACAACAUUGUCGAAGACAAGGAACGCAAUACAAUAAUGUUUCAACUAAACGAGAAUACAACCUACACUCCAGAGGAGCUUCUCGCUCAAAUUUUGUAUCACGCUAAAGAAAUGGCUGAGAAGUCCGCCACUCAGACAAUAAAGGAAGCAGUCAUUACCGUACCGGGUUUUUUCAACCAAGCCGAGAGAAAAGCAGUCCUAAAAGCUGCCGAACUCGCUGGCAUUAAGGUUCUUCAACUUUUCAAUGACUACGCUGCCGUUGCCUUAAAUUACGGAAUUUUUCAUAGCAAAAAUAUCAACGAUACCGCACAUUACAUUAUGUUCUACGAUAUGGGUGCUAGUACAACAACAGCAACAGUUGUCAGCUAUCAGAAUGUGAAGACAAAAGAGAGAGGAUUUGUGGAAACUCAUCCACAGGUCAGUAUCGUGGGAGUUGGUUACGAUCGAACUCUCGGCGGUAUUGAAUUUCAAAUUAGAUUGCAAGAAUAUUUUGCAAGGGAAUUUGACGCUUUGAAAAAGACGCCGAAUUCGGUGUUCAAGAAUCCUCGGGCAAUGGCCAAAUUGUUCAAGGAAGCUGGACGAGUGAAAUUAAUUCUCAGCGCAAAUUCGGAAUUUUAUGCACAAGUCGAGGGACUUAUUGAUGAGCAUGAUUUUAAAUUGUUAGUCACGAGAGAGAAAUUUGAGGAAUUGUGUGCUGAUCUGUUUGAACGUGCUGUUAAUCCUAUCAAGGAGGCUUUAAAAACAUCGGCUUUAACAAUGGAUUUAAUGACACAAGUGGUGCUCGUCGGUGCUGGCACUCGAGUGCCAAAAGUUCAAGACAUGCUCGCUGAAUUUGUUAAAAUUGAGUUGUCGAAAAAUAUCAACACUGAUGAAGCUGCUACUUUGGGAGCAGUUUACAAAGCCGCGGAUCUUAGUCAGGGCUUUAAGGUCAAGAAAUUCAUUACUAAAGAUGCUGUUCUAUUUCCGAUACAAGUUGUUUUUGACAGAAACUCCAACAAUAAAGUGAAACAGGUAAAGAGAACGUUGUUCAGUAAAAUGAACGCUUUUCCACAAAAGAAAAUCCUUACCUUCAACAAACACACGGAAGAUUUUGAAUUUAACGUCAAUUAUGCUGAUUUGGACAGUUUGCCAGCUGAAGAAUUAGAAGCUCUCGGUAACUUGAACAUAUCAGUUAUUAAAUUGAAAGGAGUUUCCGAAGCUUUGUCGAAGCAUGCAAAAGAAAGCGCCGAGAGUAAAGGAAUUAAAGCUCAUUUCGCUUUGGACGAGAGUGGAAUUCUCAAUCUAAUUAAUACGGAAUUGGUAUCGGAGAAGACAAGUCUAGCUACUGAAGAAGAAGGUACCUUCUCGAAAUUAGGUUCGACAAUCAGUAAAUUCUUUGGAGGUUCUGAAGAUAAGGAGACAGUGGAAAAAGUAGAAGAACCUGUGAAAGAAAACAUCAAACCUGUGCACGAAGAGCCCGAAUAUCCCGAAUUGAAGAAGGAAACUGAAGACAAAGAGAAGGAACAGAAGAAGAACGAGACAAAACCAGAGAAACCAGCUGAAGAUAAAUCUACAAACAAAACGGAAAAAGCAGAAAAAGAAAAGAAACCAACAAUUAUCACACUGAAGGAACCAAUCGUUUCUGAGGAAACUAAAUUUGGACCGUUGCCCUUGGAAGAAAGUCAAUUCACCAAAUCACUCGAAAAGAUAAAAGCAUUGAACGAAUUCGAUAAAGAAAAAACGAGGCGCGAAACGGCUUUAAAUAAUUUGGAAUCAUUUGUCAUUGAUGCACAACAAAAAUUGGAAUCUGAAGAAUAUAAAGUGGCCACAACACCAGAGGAAACGGAAAAAAUCAUUAAAUCAUGCAGCGAAGUUUCUGAAUGGUUAUACGAAGAUGGAUUCGAUGCGACUGCCGAUGUUUACGAAGAAAAAUUAGCGUCCCUCAAAACACUGACGAACGAAUUAUACGAACGAGUUUUCGAACACAGAGAAAGACCCGAAGUGAUUAAGGGAAUGAAGUCCAUGUUAAACGGAAGCCGAGUUUUCUUGCACAACAUGCGCAAUUUGAAUAAAUCCAGUGAAAUUUUCACUGACGUCGAAAUUGAAACACUGGAAAAAGUCAUCAACGAAACACAGGACUACUUUGAUUUGGUAAAACGCACGUUCGCCGAAACUGCUUUGAAUGCAGCAGUGCCAUUCAAAGUACGUGACAUGGCUAAUAAAAUGGCACUCCUCGAUCGUGAAGUGAAAUACUUGCUCAAUAAGGCAAAGAUUUGGAAGCCAAAACAAGAGCCAGUUGUAAAUGCAACGGAGAAUGCUACCGCCGGGAAUAAAACAAAAGAUUCCAAUAAUUCUAAAUCUCUUCCAGAAUCAGAAAAAAAUAAGACUGAAGAGGAAACAAAAACAGUUCCCGAUAGUGAAACCGAAUCAACUGAUUCGCAAGAAGAGAAAUUAGUAUUAGAAGGUAGCGACACGACGGAAGAAAAGAAGACGGACGAAGAAACUAUACAUCAAGAACUCUAGUGAAUUGAAUAAGAUCGAUGAAAAAAAUUUAGUUAAAAAAAAAAAGAUAAUUUUUUACUCCUAACAUCCAAUUACACAAGGAUGGCUUCUCAAAUGCAUUAAUUUGAUGUUGACAGAAAUUUAGAAAAAAAAAGUCGAUUUGACAACUACGAGAAAGAAAUGCAUUUGUAUGUACAAAACUUCAAUUUAUCUGUUUCUAUUGUCAUGGAGUUUUCUACAUUGUUUCGCUUAUUCGUAUUUCGAAAGAAAAGACAUUAUUGAAAACGAGCAAGUUGCAUUUUCUUAUCGGUUUUUAUAUUUAUAAAUGAUAAUAGGUAAAUUUUUUGCGAAUGUGUUUGAGUGCAGUUUUUUUAGAGACUUAUUUCAUAAUAAUAGUUUUUAUGUGUAAUAAAUGAAAAAUUGCAAUAUAACAUGUUACUAAAGAGAGGAUAUGCAAUUAUUUAAUUAUUAAUUUCAAUGAUAAUAGAAAUAAUAUUUACUAUUAAGAAGAACAUUUAAGAUCGAUUGAGAUAUUAUUUCUUGAUAUAAAUCUUACUACUUUAUUAGAUUUACUCAAAAAAGUAUUAUAAAUUAGUACCUUAAAAAAAAUAAUAAUCAUUGAAAAUAUGAAUCAAUCGAUUUUAAAAAUUUGUGAACAAUCAAAUGUAAUCGAUGCAAUCACUUUAAAAUUAAUUUUUUGUGAUUUUUUAAAAUCAAGACAAAACUACUAGAAAAAAAAUUGUUGCCUUUUUAUCUGUCUGCUUUUUAUCUCUCAAGUAUUUUUCAAAAGCAGACAAAUAUUGUACAAAAAAAAGCGUCUCCUCUCUCUAGUAAUUUCAGAUUAACCCUUUCAGUGAGAAAUUACUCUAAAAGGGUGAAAAUUUGUUUUUAAUUAUAUGGAAUGUGGGUACUUAAGAGGCAAAAAAAAAUAUUAAUUUGUUAUAUCAGUGAAAUAUUUCAUUUUUUAACUUUUAAAUUUAUUGAUAAAUAUAGUUUCUAGAUUUUUAAUAAAAAAUGUAGGAAUUAAUCUAUGAAAAGUGUUAUGAAAUAGAAAUUUAAAGAAGACUGUCUAAAUAUUUUACUGAAAGGGUUGAACGCUAAAGUGAUGUACAGAAAAAAAUAAUUAAGCAAGUUUUUGUCAUGAGAGUUAUAGAAAAAUGUUACAUCUUACAAUAUACAGUGUUCAGUAUACUGCGAUUAAAAGAGGAUUUGUCAUUAUCAGACUGUAAUUUACCUCUCUCUGUGAUACAGCAAAUUUUGCUGUAAAUUUUCUUCUCGAGAAAAAACACAAUAUUAUGCACGAAACUUAAAAUUUAAGAUUACUUUUCCAUUCCACUGAUUCCUCUCAUGAUUACAAUUUUGUUAUUUAUUGAUUGGGGUGAAUAAAUUGUAUUUAUAAAAAAAA